GGAGAGAGCACACGUCACAGCUCUUAGUGCAACGGACGUUCAUCGAAGGGAGUGCUAUGCUUUCCUUCGAGCGAGGUAAAAUCCCGGGGAUUUCGGCUUAAAGAACGGAAAUAAGACUGGAAUAAAUUUGCUGACAGCUCGCAUGAUGGAAGGGGCAUUGACGUGUCCAGUGUGCUCUCACGUGUACGAGCGUGGCGAGCGAGACCCCCUGGUUCUUCCCUGCGGCCACACCUUCUGCCGCGGGUGUCUGGUCAGCCUCCAGGUCGACGGCUGCUUCGCCUGCCCCUCCUGCCGGGCUUCGCAUCACUCCGAGUCCCUGGACGCUUUUCCUGUGAACUUUUCCCUUCUGAACCUCACGCGGCAGUCCCACGACCGUGUUUUCAUGCGGGAGAACUCGUGUAGCAGCCACGGGGAACCUCUGAACUACUGGUGUCGAGAGUGCCAACAGCUACUAUGUGGCUGUUGCAUCCUUAAACUACAUCUCAAAGACGGCCACGAGGUAGUACACACGAGCGACUUCAUCACAGAGAAGAAAAAGGACAUCAAGAAACAAGCCAAACGACUCAGCCAGGUUCUCACGGAGAGCAAGGAAAGCGUUAUCCAGAAGUUCCACCUCUGCGUCAUGAAGAUCGUCGAGCUAUGCGGGGAGAGCGAGAAUAUUCUCACCAAGGACGAAGAACUCCAGAAAAUCUCCUCGGAAGCGAAGACGUUCAACGAAGUCGAGUCCAUCCUCGUGUCCGAGACGAGGCUGCAGAGUCUCCAACAAGACCGUGUCGGAGAAGCUCUGCCGACCUCGACUGGCGACGCCCCUCGCCCAGGAAGAACCAGGGAGUACCUCGAAGUUCCUGACGGCGACCGCACUCUCGAAGAGGAAUGCUCACAGGGGCAGUACCCCGUUCUCGAUAUUCAAGACGACAAAGGUCCAUCUCCCAAACACUUAGGCGGGCAGAUGGAACCAAAAUCCACCGGGGAAUUAGGUGCACAUGAAUAUCAACUUACAACAACUACCUCUUUAUCGAACCUGUUACCUUGGCCGCUGAAGUGCUGCGUUGUUGCCAAGGACGGACGUCAGACCACGAUGCGGCGGGAAGAUGGUCUGGUGCUCGUGGGCGCCCUCUCGCUCCACAUGCAUGACGCGCAUGUCACUGUACAGAUGGCUGUAGUGGAGUCGAUGGUCCACCCGGAGUUCCCGCAGGUGUUCCUAGAGCUACACGCCGGGGAGAGAUACCUGGGCAGACUCGUUAUUCGCCUCUGGGGCCGCCUGCGUCGCGCUCAGCACUUCAAGGCCCUCUGCCUCGCCUCCUUCGGCCCGUCCUACACGGGGUCGCGGCUGGAAUACGUAGGGAACAAAAACCAGCCCGGGGAGUUCAUCGUCGGGGGAGGAUACCUGGACCAGGACUCGAAGCGGAGCUCGCGGGGGCUCAUGGACGGCCUCGAGUGGGGGGGUCAGUUUGCCGGGGAGGACGCCGAGGGACUCCUACAGGGCGCGGGGGGCGGUCACCGGGAGUACGACGCACUCUUCUGUAUCUGCAGCAGGACCGACGUGGCAGGGAAAUCCCAGUGUCCUUUCGGAGAAGUCGUGUCUGGGAUGGAGGUGGUGAGGGCGGCUGCGCAACACGAGCCCAUCGCCGACGUCAGAAUCAGUCGGAGCGGAAUUGUGCUUCCGGAGUCGUGAGGGAUACGAAUUUAUAUAUC